GUGGCACACCUUGGCUAAUAGGGCAGCGUGUUGGUGUGCAGAGCCGGUCAUCAUGUAGAGUGAGCUCUCUGGAGGCAGAGGUGGCUGUAUAGUGUACAUGCCAGCCCAACAGCUACAUAUGGAGGAGGGAAAGCUGGCGUGGCCCUGCUGCACUGGCAUUUGGACACAGGUGGCUCUCCUUCAGAAUCCUUUACUGGCGAGUUGUGAUGAAUAAGGAACUCAUGUCACGUGUGGUGAGGAAGAGGCAGGCGGACCCUACAGUGGUUCAGUAUGUGUGGGCGGCCAUCGAGGUCAUUCGCAACCAGAAACAAAUCGCAAACAUGGACAGGAUUUCUAAGUACCUGAGCCGCGUGUUUGGCAUGCACCCGAAGGAGACUGCCAGACAGCUGAGCCUGGCCGUGAAGGACGGCCUGGUGGUGGAGACCUUGACAGUCGGCUGCAAGGGCUCCAAGGCUGGCAUUGAGCAGGAAGGAUACUGGCUGCCUGGGGAUGAGAUGGUACGUCCAGUGUCCAUUUAUCAGGUUCCCAACACAGGCAACAGUGACUCCUCCUUAUUGGUCAACAAAAGCAAGGAGCCGAAAACCGAGGGAAGCAAGGACUGGGAGACAGAAAGCCACGACUGGUACUGCUUCGAGUGUCACCUACCGGGCGACGUCCUCACUUGUGACAACUGCUUCCGAGUCUACCAUCUCAAAUGCUUAUCAGAGGAGUGCAAGCCCAGAGACGGAGGCUCACACUGGCAGUGUGUUGCCUGCAGGGGCAGUAAAAAGAAGAACCUGAACAAACAGGAGAUGUGUAAAUACCUGCGCUUCAUCGUCCAGCGCAUGAAGGAGAGGGCAGUGGACCUGAACAAGAAGGGCAAAGACACUAAACAUCCCAUGUACAGACGGCUGAUCCACACUGCACUGGACGUCUCCAACAUCCACGAGAACCUGUCUGAAGGAAAGUAUAAAAGCUUUGAGGAGUUCAAAGCAGAUGCUCAGCUGAUUGUUCAUAACACCGCCAUCUUGUAUGGAGUUCACAGCGAUCAGGCAGAGAUCGCACGGCUGCUCUUCAGUGACACAUGCCAUGAGUUGAAUGAAUUGUUGCUGUGUAAGAACUGUUUCUACCUGUCGAACGCCCGACCAGACAACUGGUUCUGUUAUCCCUGUAGCCCCAGUCACGACUUAGUCUGGGCCAAGAUGAAGGGGUUUGGCUACUGGCCUGCCAAAGUCCUUCAGAGGGAGGACAACCAGGUGGAUGUACGCUUCUUUGGACAUCAACACCAGAGAGCAUGGAUCCCCUCAGAGAACAUCCAGGACAUCAAGGUGAGUGUCCAGCAGCUGCAGGUGAAGCGCAGCAACGGCUGGAAGAAGGCGUGUGAGGAGCUGGAGGUCUACCAGCGCUUCCUGAGGGAGGGGCGCUUCUGGAAAACAAAGAUGGAGGAGGGCAGCCCCCCACACCAGCAUCACCAGCAGAGCCAGAGCCAGCGGCAGGAGGAAGGCAGCAGCAGGACGGACAGACUGGAGCGCACAGACGAGGCAGAGUCCAGCAUCUCCUCCACCAGCAACGAGCAGGUCCGACAUCUCAAAAGCAGCCAGGAACCCAAGGCAAAGAAAAGCCGUCGAACUCCAUCGGUUGAGCCCAAAGAGGAAGUCGGUGAGCCAGAGCCUGAGAUGGAGGCAGUCAGCUCAAGUCAGGAGAUCCCAGUGUCCUCGGCGCCCCAGCAGCCUGAGAAGCUGUCUGUGUCCACGCAGACCAAGAAGGCGAGCGGAGGGUCUCCACGCACGCUGCACCGUGGCACCCAGACCAGCAGCGACGGGGCCUGCCAGAACAUGUGCCAUGAGAAAUACACCAAGGUCUUCAAUGAUGUCAAGGAGAUGAUGAAGGCUGACAACAAGAGAGAGACAGAGAGGGUCGUCCGAGAGGCUCUGGAGAAGCUCCGUGCAGAGAUGGAGGAGGAGAAGCGCCAGGCGGUGAGUAAGGCGGUGGCUGGCGCUCAGGCGGAGAUGGAGAGGAAGUGUAAGCAGGUGAAGGAGAAGUGUAAAGAGGAGCUGGUGGAGGAGGUGAAGAAGCUGGUGGCUCAACACAAACAGCUCAUCUCCCAGACCAAGAAGAAGCAGUGGUGUUACAACUGUGAGGAGGAGGCCAUGUACCACUGCUGCUGGAACACCUCAUACUGCUCCAUCAAGUGUCAGCAGGAGCACUGGCACGCCGACCACAAACGGACCUGCCGCAGGAAGAGAUGAACAAGCCCCGCCCCCGGUGACCUUACACAGCAUGCCAUUGGCUCUUGCCCUCUCCUCCCUCUGUCAGUCAGUCAGCACACACACCUCCCUCCUGCUUCUCUACUUGCCUUCCUGAAAACUUUGUGGACCCAAUGUUUUCUGUGAGAAAAGAGCAGUUUCCUCCCCUUUUUUUGUCAUUUAAUUAUUUAAUGUACCCAUUGUAUUGAUUUUUUUUCUAUAUUUUAUUUUUUUAUCCGAGUUGUGAACAGACUGCCUGAGAGCAUGGUUCAAAUGCAGAAUUUUCUUCUCUUCACUGAAGCGCUAAUCUGAACUGUUCAGAAUGUGGUAUAUUUAAGUGUGUUGUCACAGAUGAGCAUUAGCUGAAAACAUUUUAUUACCUGAAGUUUUUAAAGAAACAUUUUUUUUACUGUAAAUGCAACAAAUACACACAGUCGAUCUUACAGAAUGAAAACACACCGUGUACGCUAUUGCAGCUUCGGACUAGCUCUGCUUUCAUAGAGAAACCUAUUUUAAAAAAUGACAAACUGCGUAAGAUGAAACGAGGAUGACGUGGCUCACGGACGUUAAGCUCUUGUUUUUCAUGAAGCUGUUGUGGAAGAUGGCACCUUUUAUCAUUUCUACCUAAAAUCUGAAGUCUUAUUGGGAACAGGGUCAUGAGGUCGGCCUUAAAAGAUGCCGACAGAACAAAUCUUCCAUGUAUUAAUGUUAUUUUAGUUAUUAUGUGCAUUUUUUGGAUUUUUUUUAAUAGAAAAUUUUUUUAUGAGUUGGAUUUAAAAAAAAAAGUUUUCAUUUGUAUUAAAUUGGAGAAACGCAUAGCAGCCUUUCCUGAGCUGGGUCUUUGACAGUUUUACACCUUUUUGCACGUUUUGUUUCCUCGGCAACAAAAAUGCUUGUAAUAUUGCCAAAAAAUUGGACGUCUAUUGAACCUUGCCAGGGAGAUCUGGUGAGCUCUCCCUCCCCUUUUUCCUAUAAUCUUAACAACAUGUAAAUCUCUCCGGACGUCGUCUGUGUCAUUUUUCUAAAGAUGUACACUCUUCCUGUUCUUUUUUUAGCUACGAGAUGUUCACUGCUUAUGCUGUAGUUGGUGGUCAGUGCCUGUUUUUCUUUUCUCAUCCUCUUACUCCCAGUGAGGCUACGUGCAUGUUGAUAGCUUCAAAGUUGGUCUGUUUUCAGUCAUUACGAUAAAAGAAUAGAAGACCAGGCGUUCUGCUGUCUGAUCAGCGAUGACGGAUGGACCAAUAUAAAACUUUAUGCAAACUAAACGAUCAAAUGAAUCUUAUCUAUAGUUUUUAUCCCUGCGCUGGAUGUCAAGUAUUGAUAGUGUAUAAAUACAGCGGUUGGGAUCUUUGUUUCUUUGAAAUGGCAAUGAAAUUGCCAGUUGUCUGUUUUCUUGGAGAAGUGUGACGCUUUCCUCAGUUAUGAAGAUUAACUGAACAGAGGAAAAGAAUUGACUCUGUGUACAUGCACCGGUUUUAUUUUCAGUCGGUGCUUAUGUUAACGUGGUAAAUAAGAUACCGUAAAUUCUCUUCUAGUGGGCAGGGCCUUAACAUCGGGCUUUAAUGAAAGAUGGGCUUGUGUUUGUGAUACACCAGAUUUGAUCCUGUUUUUUGUUAAAGUCUGUCACUUCCUGUUGCUUUGAAUGAGAACCCAGCACAGGUGGUACGCUGUGCACCGACUCCAUACCACUUACUGAGUGUGUACGUUUGUGGUGGAUGUUUCUUGCUGUUACUUUACAAGAAGUCCAGUCACGUCUGUCAAACAGACACUUUGAGAACCUGACAAAGGCAAAACUAAAUGUUUUUAACCAUUAAUAUUUAAUUGUUUUAAAAUCCUCCUGUAGACAGUUCUCUUACACUCUUACACUCUCAUACUCCAUACUAACUGAAUACAGUAUGUACUAUGUACUAAUGUCAGGCUACAGUUUUUGCAGUUACUAUACAAGAACUCAACUUGUUUUACACCAACAGGAAGUCAGAUAUCAUUCAUGCUGUGACUGUGGAAUGCCACAAGUUUUAACGUGAGGAGCUGGAGACAGAGCUGUGAUCUCUACCUUUAACCUGGAGGGCUUUUAUUGUGAAAUAUGUGCAGAUGUUGCUUCAUUAACUGCAGUUUAAAGGCUAAAGCUGUUUUGUUUUUGAAGCCUCAUUCAGUUCCUGCUCAGUGUAGGUUUUAGUCGAGCAAAGAGGAGGAAACGUAUUUCUGGAGACUGAUCAAAUCAAAUCAAAUUUUAUUUAUAUAGCGCCAAAUCACAACAAAAGUCAUCUCAGGACACUUUAUAAAGUAAGGUCUAGACCUUACUGAUGAAGCCACAUCUUGUCUCUAGUGAGCAUUUGUGGCAGCAGGACAGUGGGACUGAGUCACAGUAAACUACAGUGUGUGUGUGUGUGUGUGUGUUCAUAUCACCCGGUGCAACAGUGUAGUCACUGAUGGACAUGGAGCCGUUGCCCAAAGGGUUUGGAUACACACAUCAUGGUUUGGUCUUUUUAUGGGAUUUAUUGACUUUGUUUGAGAAGGGUCCACUAUUACAGAAUUUACGGUAACUGUAGUUGCAGACUUCAUCUCUAUUUCUUUGGGAACUCGUGUGAGUGAAUCACUUCACGAUGUAACAUGUUGUACAGUUCAGCUACUUUAUAUCCCGUGUGCUGCGGCCGGUCAUUUAUUCUUCCUGUUCUCGUUAACGUUUAAUUUCUGGUCCGAGUCGUGUUGUGGCAGCGCUCUGCAGGCUUUUUCAUCAUCAUUGCACUACAUGUAAAUAAACCGUCCUGUCAGUAUCUCCUCCUCCACAUUACAUUGUACAUGAAUCCACAGGUAUUAGAGUUCAGCUGUUUUUCUUCUGGAUGACUGUUUUGUACAAUGUACAACCGUCCUCACAUCAGCUCCGUUACCCUGAUUUUCCUCUGUGCGUUUCAGGUUUGGUUGUUUUAAAAUAUUGUUUACUGUUGUUAACAAGGUGAACCACGCAGCAUCUCCAGUGUGUCCGAACAUUUCAGUGUUCACCAGCCAGUAAAUGCGUGUUCAGUCAAAUGGACACACUGUACAUGUGACCUGCGAGGCUGCUGCUUCUCUUCUCAACUGUUUUUAUCUCACCGUUUUUAUAUUCGUCCAUCCAGCCGUAAAGGUUUGUGUGAAGUUUUUUUUUUUCCCUAUGUGGAAGAAAAUUUUGUCAUUCCAGUUUGUGUCUUUAAGUGCAUGAGUAAGGUUGUGUGUAUAUCUCCAGCUCCUUUUGUCCCCCCCCCCCAAUAAAAAGACAUGGUCGCUCUCCCUCAGAGUGUUGCAAUAUGACUCACUGUUUGUUUUCUACUUAAAUGGAACUUUAAGCUCCAUCAGUCAUGUUGUCACCCAUAACCAGCCCUCACUGCUCUUAUUCCAGAGUAUUUUAGUACACAAUACUAUGUGAGUACUAGUUCUGCUUCUAGGUCUGAGAGUAUUUAUGUACUUCACGCUGGAAUAAAACCAGUACACUUCCUUUGUUCCCACCUUCUGUAGCUCAUGUACUUCUGUUCUGUCAAUAUGUAAACUAUUAAUCGUGACUUAACAUUUUCUAUGCUCUACCUUUUUUUGAUGCUUUAGCUAGCAAUAUGUACAUAAAUAUAUUCUAUGUGCUAACAUGGAGACAAUAAAUGUAUCAACAAUU